AAAGGUGGCCGUGGUGUUUAUCAGUCUGAGCAUGGAACGCAACUUUUUCGCUCUAAUCACGCUUUGUCUUGUUUCUGCUUUACAAACAGAAAACCCAGACAGCGACUAAGUCUUCAUCAGCAAUGUCACAGUGUCCAAUGCCGUAGUCGGUGACACGAUGUCCUUCAAUUAUACGAUGAAUAUAAGCCAGCAGAUAGAUGGUAGCCCGCAGGUGGUAUUCGAAAUGUCGUCCGGAGAUGCGGGACUGCCGUGUUUCCAGAACGUCGGAUCGUGUACCUACAACAUGUGCAACGGAACUAAUAGCCUGGAGGAGCAAAUCAGCGCGCCUUGGUCCAACGAGUGCCCCAUAGCGCCGGACAGCUAUCAGAACGAGCUGAAUGUCAAAAUUCCUUCUCUUGCUGGUUUGUUCAUCGAGAACUCCACCGUUCACGUGAAAAUUGAGUCUGUCAAUGAUGGCGAGGAGUUGGGAUGCGUCGAGUUCGACAUUACAGUUGAAGGCGCAGAAGACGACAGCGACUAAUCAGCCACUAUUUCUGUGCAUAGCCGGACGCCAAAUAUUAUCGACAAGCAGUG